AUGAGUAACAUGUACAUGGGACCUAUUAGUUAUCAUCCUGUCAUCCCGGUGAGGAUUGAAAUCCAGGGAAACAUCACCGGGGUAAAAGGAGGAGUGGUUCCUAAACUCCCAUACCCUGUGCUCAUUGGAAGGGAUUUCCCAGGCUUUGGAAAUUUGCUCCUGCCAGAGGGGCGAGAGAGAGUAGAGGACCCUGAACUUAAGGAAUCAUCCCUAACAGAAAGUCACCCCCCCUUCUUCAUUGAAAUAUCCCAAGAUUUGUUCCCUGUCCUCAAGACAGGCAGAAAAACCAAGAGGGAAAGGAAGGUGGCAAAGGUUUUGGGCAACCAGAUCCUGCUUCAGGGUCAGAAUGUUGCCCUGGUAGGCCGACGGGCACGGGAAACUGAGGGAGAGUCCCCCAAAGGGGAGGAGAAAGCAGAAGCUGGUCCCAACCCCAAUACCACUGAACUUACCGAGGGGCAUUGCUUACAUUUGUUGUGCCCUGGUAUUGUCUUCGCUGAUUUCUUCAUUAUGAAUCUUAUUCUGUGGGUGAAGGGAUCAUCAGCUGCCAUCCCCUUUGGCACACCGGUUGCUAUCCUGGCAAUGUGGUUUGGAAUUUCUGUCCCAUUAACCUUCAUUGGUGCAUAUUUUGGAUUCAAAGAAAAGCCUAUUGAACACCCAGUUCGUACAAACCAGAUUCCUCGUCAGAUCCCGGAGCAGUCGUUUUUCACAAAGCCGUUGCCUGGUAUCAUCAUGGGUGGCAUCUUGCCAUUUGGUUGUAUUUAUAUUCAGCUUUUUUUCAUUCUAAACAGUAUUUGGUCCCAUCAAAUGUACUACAUGUUUGGUUUCCUGUUCUUAGUAUUUAUAAUUCUUCUUAUUACAUGUUCUGAGACUACAGUCUUGCUGUGCUAUUUCCAUCUAUGUGCAGAGGAUUAUCAUUGGUGGUGGAGAUCGUUCUUAACAAGCAGCUUUACAGCCGUUUAUCUUUUUAUCUAUGCUGUUCAUUACUUCUUCUCUAAACUCCAAAUAACGGGAACUGCUAGUACCAUUUUUUACUUUGGGUAUACUAUGAUCAUGGUUUUGAUAUUUUUCCUUUUUACAGGGACGAUUGGAUUUUUUGCCUGCUUCUGGUUUGUUAGUAAAAUGGGUUAG